AUGGCCAGCCCCUCUGCCCUCCUGUGGGUCCCUCCCAGGGGUCCCCCAUCGCUCUCGCCUUCAGGCUGUGUCCACCGUGGCAUGGUUCUCUUCGCCGCCUGUGAGCUGGGAGUCUUUGACCUUCUGGCUGCAGUGGCUGCACGUCUGGGUGUCAGCUCCCGGGAGACAGAGCUACUGCUGGACGCCUGUGUGUCCCUGAAGCUGCUUCAUGUGGAAGUGAGGAGAGAAAAAGCUGUGUAUGAAAAUACAGAGCUCGCCAGCACCUACCUGGCCAGAGCCAGCCCCAAGUCCCAGCAGGACAUGCUGCUGUAUACGGCCAGGACCACCUUCCUGUGCUGGGGCCACCUGGCCGCGGCUGUCAGGUGGACAGGAAGAACCAGUUAUCUGAAGGCCUUUGGGGUUCCCUCCGAGGAUCUCUUCACUGCCAUCUACAGGUCCGAGGGCGAGACGCCGCAAGCCGUGCGGGGCCUGCAGGACGAGUGGAGGCUCGGAGGGCCGAGGGUGGUGGCUGCCUUUGACCUGUCUCCCUUCCCGCUCAUCUGUGACCUCGGAGGGGGUUCCGGGGCUCUGGCCAAGGCGUGCAUGUCUCUGUACCCGGGGUCUCAGGUCACCGUGUCUGACAUCGCGGACGUGGUUCAGAUGGCAAAGAGGCACUUCUCAUUCCCGGAGGAUGAACGGACCGGCUUCUGUGAAGGAGAUUUCUUUAAAGACAGCCUUCCGGAGCCGGGUCUGUGCAUCCUGGCCAGGGUCCUGCGUGACUGGACGGGUGACAAGUGUUCACACCUGCUGGUGAGAACCUAUCAAGCCUGCAAGACACGAUCUCCUGGGACCCCUGGGGCUGAGUGUGCAAAAAUGGACUUGCCGCGCUUGUGCAAAUGCAUGCAGGGAGACGUUUGCGAAGGAGCGGAGUCUGUCCUGUUUGGAACGAUGCACCAGGGUGGGACUGUCACCCCCAGCCCCUGCCCCGUGGAGAUGCUGGUGAUGAAACUGCUGGAGACGGCUUACGGGGUCCUCCAGAUCCACUGUGUUCAUCUCUGGGCUGCCCUGUGUCCAUGUGAUUGA